AUGGCGGAGAAAAAGGAAACUGGCGCGCUCGUCUGUCAAAAGCGAUCAGCCUGUUUGACUCCAUCUGGCAAACAGGCCCCCUGGCUGCAUCAACUUAUUAUCCCAUCUCUGUCCCCAUCUCGCCCAUCUCGCCCAUCUCGACUGCAUUUAUCCAACGAUCCGCCGAUUAGGGUCGUGGGGUGGCACGAUGAGAGAGUCCAAGGAACGACGAUCCGAAGACUGAGUAAACCUGGCUUCGGGUGCAAUUCGUGCGCGAGGCCACUCAAUCAGCGUGUCCUGACGCCACCAACAGCAGCCUCAUUCGGAUCUGACAUGGCCAUCGUUUGCGCCGCAGUCCAGAAUGAUGACUUCACACCUCGAAAGGCCCUUUUCUGGAAGGAAUACGGAAUACAUAUAUGGACUCAUGGGGGAGGAGCUUGA